GGGGAAGAGCAGGGAGGGAGGCUAAGGAGAGGUCUCGCAGGCCCCUGGGGACAUUGGAGGCUGCACCUCCCCAAUAACUCCUGCUAGGGGUAGUGGGGAAGGAUGGGGCAAUGUGCCCUGACAGGGGCAGCUUUGCCAUUGGCACCUAGGGCGCUGGGUGACCAUCAUGCCCUACCUCGCACAGAACAGGGUGGGCAAAGGCUGAGCAGCUGGUUUGCAUCUGACAUGCGUGGAGUGCAGUGCCCCCACGCCCGUAGGCCUGGCUCAUUCACUUGCGGGGAGUGGGGACUCUUAAUUUGGUAGAGGUUUCAAGGUAGAUUUUAAAGUCUCAUGAUGAAGGGGUUCAAUUGCCUUUGGGCAUCAGUGAGCUAUACCCCGAGAGGAUCUGUCCCACACUGGAUCCCCUUGUGAAGCCCUUUUGCACCUGAAUUGCAUGCUCACUGUGACUUCAGCUUCAUGCCCUCCAGUAGCCUGGUGGCCAAGUCUUGGUAAAUGGCUGCACAGUGAUCAGAAAGCAUUGAUGAGGAUGGUUCUGCAUGGGGGGAGGCCAGUAAUGCCCAGCGAAUCUGCAACACAUUUUGCCUUCAAAUGCCAUAAUUUCUCUCUCCUCCCCUUUUAUAUCUCCCUGUGCUCAUCCUCUCCUGCUUCUUGGCUACCAUGCCCUAUUUCUGCCUUGCUCUUUCCUUGCUGUGCUCCAUUUGUCUUCCUCUCAUCUGAUCCCAUCAAACCUAGAUCUUCCAUUCCUAACUUCUACUCAGCUCUCUGAUUGGUAAACCUCUUCUAUCUCUGAAUAAUUUGAGCAGAGUGGAAAGCUGAGUGUCUGUCAGAUGCCUCUGCUCUAUGCAAGUACUCCAGUUCUGUGGAUAUGCCCCAGAAGGAUCCCUGCCAGAAACAAGCCUGUGAAAUACAGAAAUGCUUGCAAGCCAACAACUACCUGGAGGCUAGAUGUGAGGCUGUGCUCCAAGAGAUGCGAAGAUGCUGCGCCCAAUACCCCAAGGGCAGAUCCAUCUGUUGUUCGGGGUUUGAGAAAGAGAAAAGAGAGAGGGAGAAGCUUAAGGCAGCUUCAAAUGGGAUUCAUGCAGCACCACAGUAACAGGCUGCAGCUCCAAGAGGUUGUGGAGCGUGGCCCUCUCCUCAGACAAAGUAGCGUGCAAGUGGCAAAUAAUAAACAAACCUUCAGAGCUAAACCAUGAGAUUCAGGCUGGAGUGGAGGCCACCUCGAGGAAUAAAACUGUUAAAAUAAUGUGUUGUUCAGACUGAUAAGGAAGCCAGAGAAGAAUCCUUCUUAGAAUAAAACGUCCUGUGCACCAAAUGUAAAAUGCAAUACAAUGGAUGGGCUGUUCAAAGGAGUCUGUUUUCUAUCCCCAACUAUUGUGACUUAGAAUGUAUUACUUCUCUCUAAACACAGUUUGUUUCUGAUGCUUAAUGUACUCACUAAUCCAUUCUCAGUAAGAAUUUGAGGGUAAAAUAUAAAAUUUAUUCAGCCUUCUGGCAUAGGAUGUACAGGAAAUAAGUUCAAGGAGAGUCUAUUGAAUUUGAUGCAUUAAGCAAGACCAUCUUUGAGUAGCGGAAAUAUUCCUAUCAUUGAGCCAUAGUUUCCCAAAGAUGUGAUCUGCUUUUCUAGUGCUUAAAGCAAGAAUGGGAGUCAGCUCUGGGGUUUAUUCCCAGCUCUGCCACAGUUCCUUUGAGACCACAAGUCACUUCACCGAGGUGCCUGUUUCCUCAGUUCUGCAAUGAGGUAUUGGAUUAAUGAUUAAUUGGACCACAUUGCACAAUAGUAUUUGUAUGACUUUAAAGAUGUUGCAGAAGCAUUUUAUUUCAGGGAGUGCUAAAGGAAGAGAAUCUUUUAAAGCCGUAUUUAUGGAAAAUCGAGGUGUUGGUAUAAAAUGGAUUUUUACGAUGUUGAGAACAGCAGUCAUCUUGUAUGACUGAACAUCUCUAAGCAAUAUGAUAUGCAAUGAAUUUGUGAGACUACAAUGCCCAAUUACACAUAAUUCUCUCAUACAAAGCCUAAUCAACUUUGUGCACUUCAGGGUGAGCAUUACACUAUCAAGCACAACUUAGUUUUGAAAUAUAGGUUUUUAUGAACAAUAAGACCACUGCAGUUACUCAACAUAAUAGGCAGCUAUAUCAAAGCACAUGUGACAGAUCCAUUUGUGUCUUGUAUUCUAAAUACCAUGAUACAAAAUAAAUGACUGGAAUAAUAUGAGUUCUCGCUAGGGGUAUUUAUUGUUGUCUGGUUAGAGCAUAACCUUUUCUCUCACAUGGUCAGGCAGAUUGGCCGAUUUCACGAUUAAGGCCCCCACCCGCAAAUAUUUGGAAACUGUUUGGUGUGUUUAUAUCCUGAGUCUGUAAUAAUAAAUGAAUUUGUCACAGGA